CUUAGGAAGUCGCUCCACUGCCUCUGUUUGCACUCAAUUAGUCUCAAUCAAUUAAAGAAAUCAUUAAAUAAAAAAUUCUAAACCAAAUUGUAACAAGUAAUGUAUAUCAGCAGAAAGUAGAUAACAAGGGCUGUUUGCUGCCACCUUGUGCCCAAGAUUUGAAUAACUCUUCUAGCCGUUGGUCUCCAAUUUCUACUCACUGAAAAUGCUUCGCAAAACUCCAAAAUAUGUGAGGAAGAGGAAGGUGUUCAAAGGAGAUCAUUACCAGAUAUUACAGAAGAGUAACAUGAAUGCUGGAGAGGUGCCAGAAGAACUAAAAGCUAAUUCAGAGAUCGAGGAAGCUUUCCCUGAAUAAGUGUUUGGACAGCCCUAUUUUUGGCCCUGGUCCCACAUGUGAAGAUCCGCGUCAUUAGUGGCCCACAACUUGCAGCUGCUUUGCAAAAGGCUCACGUGUGUCUGGGAGGGCAUCUCAUUCCUCUGGAGAAUUUGUCAAAGAGGAAUGGGUUGAACUGCGCCAUGGUCCUUGGUUGCUUCAUUUGCAAGAAGGAGAGGACAUUCUCUUCAUCAGAAAAUGAAUGCGAAGGACGUGGAAAGUCUGCAGAAAUAAACCGCAGAGCUACUCUGGCAGCAACGGAGGUUGGUUUGGCACGGAAUAGCUUGUGCGACUUGCUGACCAUCCUCGAAACAGCCCCACUAGUCGAAGCCCCUAGCUACAACAGGCACAUAGCCACUUUAUCUUCCUUAUCCCAAGAGACCAGUAAGAAUCAGAAGAAGAAGGUGGCAGCAUGCCUACGUCAAAGGGCCAUGGACAAGGAUCUGACCAUCAGGGAAAAUGAUCAUGUGGACGUGGCAGUGCCCUACGAUGGAACAUGGGGUGGGGGUAGUGAUACCGAUCGAUACAGGGGAGAUUGUUUGACACAGAAGGUCUAUCAAAAUCAUGUAAACAGUUUGAGUAUAGAAAGGGUUGGGUCUUCAGUAUUCUCAGCCAGAGGGACCUUGAUCGCCUUCAGAGACUCCAAAAAUGAGCAGCAAGGCUUGUAUUUUCUGCUCCUCUUCGAACUCACAUAUACAACCUCUUUGACUUGA